AUGGACAACUUCUUGCCAUUGGCGCCGGAAAAGGCGACGCUGACAGAGGAUGAGCUGCAGAAGCAAGCGGCUCUCCGGGAGGCGGCGGCGGAGGCGGUGGAAGACAACGAUUGGCCCAGAGCCCUGGAGAAGUACAGCGCGGCCAUCGCCCUAGGCUGCCCCUCUGCGCUGAUGUACUGUCGUAGGGCGGAGGCUUUGCUGCGGCUGCAGCGACCGGCGGCGGCGCGCCACGACUGCGGCGCGGCGCUGGCGGUGGCGGCGGACUGUGCCAAGGCCUACAAGAUCCGGGCCCGCGCGCACGUGCAGCUCGGGAGCCUCGCGGAGGCGAAGGCGGACUUUCGGGAGGCGCUGAGCCUGGACUUUGAUGAGGCCACGGAAGAGGCGGCCAAGGCGUUGGACGCUCAGCUGGCCACAGCCCAGGCAGUGGAGGAGCCGCCACGUCAGCGCUGGGAGAUUGUCGGGGGCCUGGAAAAGGGCCUGGUUGUGCGGGUGGGCCAAGACCUCAAGUCCCCCGAGGCGUCCUCGCGGCUGUCGACCGGCGCCAUCGUCCAGGAACUGGAGCUGGUGGGGGAGCGCUUGAGAUUCCGGCGCGUCAGCGGCACAGGGCCAGAGGAGGGUUGGAUCAGCAUUUCGCUGAAGGACAAGGUCCUGGCAUGCCGCAUCUCCUCCUCGGAGCCACAGGACGUCGAGGAGGAGGUUGAGGAAGAGGAGACUUUUCCAGAGAUGGCGCCAGAAGACGUGGAGGAGCUGACGGAGGAGCAGGCGGAGCGGCAGGCGGAACUGAAGGCUGAGAGCGCCGAGCUCGCGGAGGACCAGUGCUUCGACCAAGCCGCGGCAAAGCUCACCGAGGCUAUUGCCAUCGGCUGUGCCUCCGCGCUGAUGUACGGCAGGCGGGGGGAGCUGCUACUGCGGCUGCAGCGGCCCAAAGCGGCGCUGCGCGACUGCAGCAAAGCGCUGGAAUUGAACCCGGACUCCGGGAAGGCCUACAAAGCGCGUGGCCGCGCCAAUGCGAAGCUCAAGCGUUGGGCUGCGGCGCACGCGGAUUUCCAGGAAGGGCUCAAGAUCGACUACGACGAGGCCACCUAUGAGGAAUCUCUCAACGUCGCCAGCAAGAUGAAGGAGAUGGCCGUGGUGGCCACCGCCCGCCGGGUGCGGGAGGAGUCGGAGAAGGAGCGGAAGCAGGCGAGACCCGGCAAUGGGAGGCUUUCGACUUCCCACCGGUCGACGCCGUCCGCGGCUUUCGCGGCGGUUUCCGCGAGCGAGCGGGAGGUUUUCGCGGUUUUCGCGGCGAGCGAUGUUUAUUUGCCGCCAAUGCUGUCUUCUGUGAGAGGGCCACUGCCAAUGGCGGUGGUUUGCUGUGCCGCCUUCCUGAUGUGA